AUGAAUCAGACAAUUGAGCAGUUCAACCGCCGUGCUGCACGAAACGCUGCACGCAACAACGCGAUCCCCCGCCGUGUUGCACAAAACAUUCCGUAUUGCUCUCUGAAUGUUGGCGAUGCACCGGUGACGACAGAAUGGGUGCAAGGCUUGUUCGAUGCUGUGCUCAAUGGCAUACGCUUUAUUAUCUUCUUCGUGCACCUUAACCGGAUUCAAAAACAAAACGUCCGAGGGGGCAACAUUUACAUCAUCAGUCGCAGCACCAUCGAACGCUUUCCGAUCGGGGGCCAUUGGGGCAAGAGUUUCAUGCUCAAGAACGGCUGGCAAAAGUACAAGUCAAGCGAUGAACGCUUUGUGAAAUACCUGAUCCAUCAGGGCGGGCUGAGUCUGCUCUGGGUUCGAGACAUCCAGGCUGUCCGCAAUGCCGGCCUCGAGGAACAACUUGAAGACGAACAAGAGCUGAUGGCUGCACAGGCUGUCGGCAAUGCUGGCCUCGAGGAGCAACCUGAAGACGACCAAGAGCUGAUGGCGGCUGUCGGCAAUGCUGGCCUCGAGGAACAACCUUACGACGAACAAGAGCUGAUGGCUGCACAGGCUGUCGGCCUCGAGGAACAGCCCGAAGUCGAACAAGAGCUGAUGGCGGCUUUCGGCAAUGCCGGCCUCGAGGAACAGCCUGAAGACGAACAAGAUGCUUUCGGCAAUGCCGGCCUCGAGGAGCACCCUGAAGUCGAACAAGAGCUGAUGGCUGCUUUCGGCAAUGCCGGCCUCGCGGAACAACCUGACGACGUCAACGGCGCUAUCGACGAACACGAGCUUAUGGCUGUGAUGGCAGAUCUGCUUCCCUUGCCGGAAGGCGAGUGGCUUGGAGGCCGUCUGCUGUCGGACAUGCUCGAUGUUGAACCCUUUCUGAAUAGCGAUCCGAACGCUGCGCACUAUGGUCAAGGCACGGUUGCCCCCACGACUUUAGCAAGUGCUCCAGCGGACACCGUAGCUGCGUACCUUGAUGCGUACCUUCAAGAGGGCAGCCCCGCAGGUGCAUACAUCAUGUCGAGAAGCCCUCCUCAGGUGAACACUCGUUCACCUGCCGACGAGCCUGAAGCCGAUGCGAAGAUGCCCUUCAUGGCUUGA